CAGAAGACAGCAUCUGUCAAAGUCCACAUUUAAACUGCUGCUUGCCUGUGCAGCAGCUGAAGAACUAUGGAUUGGAUUUUGCGGAACAAAACCUUCAACUAAAAUCCCCCCACUCGCCAGCUUUCAAGUCAUCCCUUUUGGUUACUGCCUAGCAACAAUGAAGGAAGAAGGGUAAAUCCUAUUAUCAAAUGCAAGCGAACAGCUCCAGAUUCUAGCUCUUGCUGCUUUGCCUGGCAUCGCCACUAGAAAUAUGGAUACUGAAGAGAGAACACAGCACUGCAUUGUCCAACAAGGGAAACACCAAGUGUAAAAGCUUCAAUGCUUCCAUUGUCAACAUCAGACAAUGCCAGCCAGAAUGGAAGCGAGAAGGGCUGCUUCUGUCUCUUGAAAGAUGACCAGAGAAAAAGCAAGACGAGCAUGCCGGUAAGCAGGGAAGGUAGCAGAGCAGGAAGCAUACAGAUGGACACACUGGAUACCUUGAAAAGCAGUCGCAGGCAGAAGGCUUCUGGAAGGAAGAUGUGCGCAUGGCCGAUAGAAUCUUUUUGGCUGAAGGGAUGGCAUGCCAAAACUACUAUUGCGGCGAGCAUAAUCCUGUCACCACAAAUAGCUUGACCAAGGAAGUGCUAGUCAUUUGCUAACCAUCUGCCUACAACAGAAGAUGGAUUCCAAGAAAUAGCAUUGGAUUUUUCUGAAAUCAAGAACACAUUUCCUUCAGUCAUCCUCUCAUCCCAUUACUGGAUAAUUACAACAUGCUUCAGUGGAGGAGGCGGCAUUGCUGCUUUGCCAAAAUGUCCUGGAAUACCAAAAGGUCUCUGUUUCGCACCCACUUCCUUGGCUUACUCUCUCUUGUAUUUCUUUUUGCUAUAUUUCUGUUUUGUAACCACCAUGACUGGCUACCUGGCAGAGCUGGAUUCAAAGAAAACCCUGUGGCUUACACAACACGAGGAUUUAGGUCAACAAGAAGUGAAACAAACCACAGCUCUUUGAGGACCAUUUGGAAGGAUGCAGUCCCCCAGACCCUCAGGCCACCAACUAUUACUAAUUCUAACAAUACAGAAUUGUCACCUCAAGGAGUUACUGGUUUAGAGAACACUCUAAGUGCCAAUGGGAGUAUUUAUACUGCAAGAGGUACUGGACACCCAACUUUAUAUCAUUUUAGGUAUAUCAUAAAUGAGCCUGAAAAAUGCCAGGAGAAAAGCCCCUUUUUAAUACUACUUAUAGCUGCAGAACCAGGCCAAGUGGAAGCUCGACAAGCUAUCAGACAAACAUGGGGGAAUGAGAGCCUGGCACCUGGGAUCCAAAUUGUUCGGAUUUUUUUGCUUGGUUUAAGUAUUAAACUAAAUGGAUAUCGUCAACGAGCCAUCGCAGAGGAAAGCCGACAAUACCAUGAUAUUAUCCAACAAGAGUACUUAGAUACUUACUACAACUUAACAAUCAAAACACUUAUGGGGAUGAACUGGGUUGCCACGUACUGCCCAAAUGUUCCAUAUGUGAUGAAAACAGACAGUGACAUGUUUGUCAACACCGAGUAUUUAAUACAUAAGCUUUUGAAACCAGAAUUGCCUCCCCGGCAUAAAUACUUUACAGGCUAUCUAAUGAGGGGAUACGCUCCCAACCGGAACAAAGACAGCAAAUGGUAUAUGCCACCUGAUCUUUAUCCAAGUGAACGUUACCCUGUAUUCUGCUCUGGCACUGGCUAUGUAUUUUCUGGAGAUUUAGCAGAAAAAAUAUUUAAGGUCUCACUGGGUAUCAGACGUUUGCACCUAGAGGAUGUGUAUGUGGGCAUUUGUCUUGCAAAGUUACGAAUUGACCCAAUGCCCCCACCCAAUGAGUUUGUCUUCAAUCACUGGCGGGUUUCUUAUUCCAGCUGUAAAUACAGUCACCUAAUUACCUCCCAUCAGUUCCAGCCUAGUGAACUGAUCAAAUACUGGAAUCAUUUACAACAGAAUAAGCACAAUGCCUGUGCAAAUACAGCAAAAGAAAAAUCAGGCAAGUAUCGUCAUCGUAAACUGCACUAGAAGGGACCUCCUUCUAGAAACAUUCCAUGUGCAAUUUGUAAAAAAAAAAAAAAAA